CUGGCAUUGAUGAUAUCUUGUUCUCCCAAGCACUCUGAUCACUGGGAAGUCAAAAUAUCAGAUUUCACGUAUCUAGAAAACAUGCCUUAUCCCAAUGCCCCAUCCUCGCCAAAUGGCAAACUGCUCCGACAAUCCCCGCCAAACAGAAGCACCACUGCACUUGCAGCUUGCAGCUCGUUCCUCAAUGCAGUCAACAGAAAAAAGUCGUUCCACCGCCCACUCACUAAUCACCACCUCCCUCCACCAUCUUAGAUUCCUCUACGUCUUUACCUUCCCCUUGACCUCCUAGUCCUUUUCCCAUCCUCUGGCAAAUACCUGCAUCCUCCCAUUUCUACCCCUCCACCUCCGCCCGUAUCGUCACAAUGGCCAAGGUCGACCAGAAAGCCGUUCUGAUCGUCAUCGAUGGCUGGGGAAUUCCUUCUGCGACAUCCCCACCCGAGGGUGAUGCUAUUGCUGCCGCCGAAACCCCAUACAUGGAUGGAUUCGCCAAAGACGGCUCCGACACCGCCCAAGGCUACACCGAGCUUGAAGCCUCCUCUCUGGCUGUUGGUCUGCCCGAGGGUCUGAUGGGCAAUUCCGAAGUUGGUCACUUGAACAUCGGCGCUGGUCGCGUGGUAUGGCAGGAUGUCGUCCGCAUCGACCAAACCAUCAAAAAUGGCGAACUAAACAAGGUCAAGACCAUCACCGACACCAUGCAAAGAGCUGUGGAUGGAAAUGGAAGACUUCACUUUCUCGGCCUUAUCAGUGAUGGAGGUGUCCACAGUCACAUCAAACACCUCUUUGCUCUUUUGGAGGUAGCCAAGGAGUACAAAGUUCCCGAAAUCUUCAUUCACUUUUUCGGCGACGGCAGAGACACCGACCCCAAGAGUGCUGCGGGCUACCUGGAACAGCUUUUGGCUAAACUCGAUGACCUUGGUGUUGGCAAGCUCGCCACCAUUGUCGGCCGUUACUACAUCAUGGACCGUGACAAGAGAUGGGACCGUGUCGAGGUGGGCAUGAAAGGUGUCGUUUGCGGCGAGGGCGAGGAUUCCGAUGAUCCUCUGGCGACCGUCAAGGCACGCUAUGAAAAGGGCGAAAAUGAUGAGUUCCUGAAACCCAUUAUCGUCGGAGGCGCCGAUCGCAGAGUCCAGGACGGGGACACCCUUUUCUUCUUCAACUACCGCUCCGACCGAGUCAGAGAAGUCACCCAACUCCUCGGCGACUAUGAUCGUUCUCCCAAACCAGACUUCCCUUACCCCAAGGACAUUGCCAUCACCACCAUGACACGAUACAAGACUGACUACACUUUCCCCAUCGCCUUUCCCCCUCAAGUCAUGACCAACGUUCUUGCCGAAUGGCUGAGCAAAAAGGAUGUCAAGCAGAGUCACGUGGCCGAAACCGAAAAGUACGCCCAUGUCACCUUUUUCUUCAACGGAGGUGUCGAGAAGCAAUUCGACGGCGAGGAUCGUGAGUUGAUCCCAAGUCCCAAAGUGGCCACCUACGACCUCGAACCCCCCAUGAGUGCUCAAAAAGUCGCCGACAAGCUGAGUGAAAGAAUCUCCACCGGAAAGUACGAAUUUUUGAUGAACAACUUUGCCCCUCCGGAUAUGGUUGGCCACACUGGAGUCUAUGAAGCUGCCAUCAAGGGUGUCGCUGCCACCGAUGCCGCUAUUGGAACCGUCUACGACGCUUGCAAAAAGGAAGGAUAUAUUCUCUUCAUUACGGCCGAUCACGGCAACGCCGAGGAGAUGUUGAAUGAAGAGGGCAAACCGAAGACGUCGCACACCACCAACAAGGUUCCUUUUGUCAUGGCCAACGCUCCCCAAGGUUGGAGUUUGAAGAAGCAAGAUGGGGUCCUCGGGGACGUGGCCCCAACCAUAUUGGCAGCCAUGGGCCUUGACCAACCCGAAGAGAUGGGCGGGACCAGCCUUUUGAUCAAGAAGUAAGUGGGCCGCGCGUUGCGUUGUGCUGUGUACGAGGUCUUUCGCUUUGAAGCGCUCGUGUUAUUGUUAUCUGCGCUAUUGCUUGCCGAACCUUGCCCCCCACGACAUACACAUGGAUGCUUGUAGAACUAGAGAGGAGCAUGAGCUGAUGAGAUACGAAAUAGACGAAAGGCAAGCGAGCUGGGUUCUGAGGCCGAGGCAUGAGGCCCCCGUCUGACCAGGUGACAAUGCCCUGUUAUCCUGUAAUAGAUCAUUCAUUUUUAUGUCGGUCCUUCCCUACCCCCAGGUUGCAAUGGCUGUGUGCUCGCCAAAUGCCAGUGCGAUGUAUCGAGAGUUCCAUGAUUACAAGGUCGCCUAAGAAAGCGUCGUAGACGUGGCGCAGUAAAUAUUUGGAUAGGAACAAAAGCAUGUAUAGGACGAUGUAGACUGACUGGGUCUGAAUCAGGUUAGACCGCAAAACGAACCACCUUUAGACUGG